AGCUGAGUGGAACAGUACUUCGAGUGGUUAAUAAAAAAGUGACACCAUAAGGCGCACAUAUUUUAAGCAAUGAACCCUUCGGAAUAUGUGAUCGGCGGUCUGGCUGCCAUGGGUGCAACAACAUUCACCAAUCCAAUCGAUGUUAUCAAAACACGCAUACAACUGCAGGGUGAACUGGCGGCGCGUGGCACCUAUGUUGUACCGUACAAGGGUGUACUGCACGGUAUGGUCACGGUGGUACGCAAUGAUGGUUGGACGGGUUUGCAGAAGGGUUUGGUGCCGACCAUGUACUUCCAGUUCAUAGUAAAUGGUGUUAGAUUGGGUAUCCAUACCAGCGCUGUGAAUAUGGGUUGGACUCGCCAUAAAAAUUGUGAAGAAUCUUUCGGCUUGAAUCUCUUUUGGGGCGCUGCCGGUGGUGCAGUGGGUGCAUACUGCUCCAGUCCGUUUUUCUUGAUAAAGACUCAACUGCAAUCGCGUGCACCAAAGCAAGUCGCUGUCGGCUAUCAACACGAACACACGGGCAUGUUUUCGGCGCUCCGCACAAUCUACCGACAAGGCGGUAUCUUCGGUUUAUGGCGCGGCGCUACAGCUUCCAUUACGCGCGCCUCUAUCGGUUCCGCCACGCAAUUGGCGACAUUCGGUCCGAUCAAGUCAUUUUUGCGUGAACACAAUCUAAUCGUUCAGCCGGCAAUGAAUUCACUUUGCGGCGGUUUUAUUGCCGGUUGCUGCGUAACUGUGGCUAUGACGCCAGCGGAUGUCAUAAUGACACGGAUCUACAAUCAGGGUUUGGAUGCGAAUGGUAAGGGUCUGCUGUACAAAGGUUGGUUGGAUUGCUUUACGAAGACUGCACGCGCUGAGGGUAUUUAUGGACUUUAUAAAGGUUUUUGGGCGAAUUAUGUGCGCUUAGUGCCACACUCGGCGCUAUUGUUGCUCUUCUUCGAUCAACUUAUGACACUCAGAAAUCGAUUCGGUAUUAAAUUCUAGUCAUUGUGGAGAAGAAUCAGAGCAUAAAUAAAGUAAUCUCAUUGAGGAAUCGUUUUCAAGUAUUGUAACCGGUAAACAACUAGGAAGGCCUGUGAACAUUAAGGGUAGAUAACUCUGGUGAUCUAAAAAUGGGUUUUGUAAAGGCCGAUUACCACGGAUAUAUCGGAACGCGAAGCUCAACCGUUUGAUCUUAUUCAGAUAUUCGAAGAUUGUUAGUUUUAGGAAUGAUCUGCCUUUUUGAAGUGCCAUCUAUGCCCUGGAGUGAAACAGAUCAUGAAAUCAGAUCGUUCUUAGUUCCUGGUUUUUAUAUCCCAGUAAGGGAGCUUUAUGGUAGGAUGGUGAAGGAUGCUGCAGGGCACUUAAGAGAUCGACUGGGGGAUUCUCAAAGAAUACAGAAUUUUUAUAUUUGUUCUGGCGAGACCUUUUUAAUGGGCAGUUAAAAGCGAAGUCCCCUAUAGAAGCAAAUAUUGAUAUUUUCCUUUUUAGGAAGCCGAAUGUUGAGUAACGAUUGAGUAACGAUUUUUAAAUUGGGCUGGAAAAAUUUCGUAGAAAGAAUAUGCUGAAUAUAAAGCAAUAGUUCAGAGACUAUUUAAAACUUGGUUCAUACUUCAUUUCAGGAAGCGCACUCCACAAAUAAUGUAAAGAGUUCGGAGAGGUCCUCAAUAAGCGCCCUGAAUGAAAAUCACCCAAUCUCCGACACUAUUUCCUAUAUAACACUUUCAGGAACCACUUAAACCAGCGAGAUCUUCCUUAAAUAUUUACGAAUAAAAGAUGAAACUCGGCCUUAUCUUAAAAGAAAUCCCGAAAAAGUAAAAACAAGUUCCUUGUUCGUUAGCAACACAUAUGCAACAUGUUGCAUUGCAACAAGUUGUAAGCAAAUUCACAACAAAUAUUCGCCAGCCGGCGUUUUCGACCGAUGAACUUGUUUUGUUUACAUUUUACUAGACAUCGCUUUGGCAUAUUUAGCGCAGCGACUCAACACGCUGGUGUGGUGAGUUUCACAUACACCCUCACACUCGCAUACAAACACACGCACACAAGCGGCGAGCCGCAUAGAUCACGUAUGUGUUUACCUGUCGCUUGAAGAUCGGCAAGAUAUCCCGUGGAUUUAGUCAAAAAUGCUGUUGCUUCUGAUUACUUGCGCCGGUUUCGCUGAACGACAGGUAUUGAUAAGUGGCAUUUUCACAAGCGCACACCUACAACAAACAUGUGUACACUUGCAGCGCAUGCCUGGGCGCUGCUCAUGGUCAGUCAAUUGGGGUUUUUCCCAUGCUCAGAUGUUGCAAGAAGUGCAAUGAGUGUAUGAUUUUCUGCGUGUGUGUGUGUAUUAUAUGUGUGACAACAACAAGGUUCAUAAUGUCAACUGCAAACAAAGUGCAUUUUGUAGUCCUGUGUGCAUUUCACGCUUAUCACUGUCCUUACAGUCUUUCUUUCUUCUGCUCAUUCUUGUUUCUGUUUUUUUUUCAGAUUUUUUUUGAUAUUUUUUCUUAUAUUUCUAUUGAGUAAGUGGCGUUAUUUUCAUUUACAAAUUUAUUACCAUUUAAAAUCAGUUAACAAAAUCAAAAAAAAAGUUCACAAUAGGAAUAUACACAUGCCACAUUCUUCUUUUCUUUUUUUUAAUUUUUUUUUCUAAUUUUUUAUUUCAAAAAUAUUUUUUUGUCAAUAUAUUGUUAUGUGUUGUUGUGCGUAUUCUGCCGAUUAUCCUGUUUCGUUGCGCCUCAUCCAUUUGUUUGGCAUGCCAGUGACGUUUCUAAGAGGAAUCUACUUGAAUUACCGGCAGGAGGCUCAUUGUUCAAAUUCAAUACGCUUGUCAUUUUUGCCUGGAAACAAAGCAAACCACACACAAGUGCCCAUUGGAAUGUACCGAGAACAAGUAAGAAUAUUCAACUACA